CUUGGUCACGUAAACGGGUCUGCCAUUGGCGCCGGCCAACGCUGGCUGGCCGACGUCAGCGUUUCUUCCUUGCCGCGCGCACGUGCACCUGGCCCGGUCCACCGGCACCACCUUUCCACGGGGCCCGGCAACGCUCCAGAGACCCACGGGUGGCCAGCGCCAGUCGCUCGUCUACACUCGCUGCCUUCGGGUCAUGAGCUGCGGCCGCCGGCUUUUACGGAACGUUGAGCCACCGUCGGUCCAGCCACCAGCGUCGCGUUCCGUAGCGCCUCGACAGCGCCUGCACGUGCUGGAGUACUACUAUUAGCCCACCCGGUAUCUGCGGCCUCUGGAAGCAUGGGGCUCAGCCCGUGGAAGAUGACACUCCUGCUGCUCAUGGCGCAGGCGGCGAUCGCUCAGACGACGACGGAUGAGACGACGACUGAACCUCCAACCACCGACGAGCCGCCGACAACAACGCCGGAUGCGGCCGAAGCCGUGCGCCGGUCGUGGGCAAAGGUGGAGUCGAUGCUCAAGUCGACAGUGGACACCCAGCUGCGUCGGCUGUUGCCUCAGAUGCUGCGCGCCAGCGGCGAAGCCGGCAUGUCGCCCGAGUGUCAGGCAGCCAACUUCAAGGUCAUGCUGGGACUGCGCCAGCUCAAGUCCUGGGCCAUCAGACUGAUCGACUCAACGGGUCGUCCGGCGGCCGGCACCCUGGAGGGCACGCUGUCCGACUUCGGCAACUACGACGAGUGCCUCAAGAUCCGCCUGGUGGACGAGCACACGGGUGAGGAGAACUUCCGCGGCAAGUACUGCACGCUCAAGUUUGCCGCCCCGAUGCCGCCCAAGCCGGAGCGCCUCAACUACCACCAGAACAUCUUCAAUGCCACGCUGGACGAAGGAGGGCUCCUUGAGGACAUGGCCAGAGGGGCGCCCUAUUUCUACCACUUGUCUCCAAAGCUGGGCAUAUGCAUUCCUUCCGCCUGUUCAGGGGAAGACAUCGAGUCUCUCAUCAACGUCGUUCUAAAACCCAUGGACUGGAAUGCUACUGCGAUCAACUGCGACGUUGACGGACCAAUCACCAUAAAGAAGAACCACUUGGCUAUAAUCAUCGUCAUGGGCAUUGUUGUAGUGCUGUGUGUACUGGGCACCAUUUUAACUACAUGCCGUCGGAUGUGUUCACAGGAUCCAAAGAACCUAAGACCGAAUUUGUUUUUCGACGUCAUGAAGUGCUUCUCGUUCUACGACAACGCUCAGAAGCUCUUCAACACCAAGUCAUCCCAGGGAAUGCUUGGCGCCAUCCACGGCAUUAAGUUCCUGAGCAUGUGCUGGGUGGUGCUGUGCCACUCCUACAUCUUCAUGAACCCUGAACGAGUCGUCUCACUGGAGAAUAUUCACGAAGAUCCAUUCACAUGGCCCUUCCAAAUUAUGAUGAAUGGUUGGUUGGCUGUGGACACAUUUUUCAUGCUCGGCGGAGUAACCCUUGCCUACUCAACUCUCCGGCAUAUGGCAGAACACAAAGGACGUCUCAACAUAUUCAUCUACUUCUUCCACCGCAUUUUAAGGAUUGUGCCGCCCUUGGGCUUUACUCUGGCCCUCAUCAUCCUGCUGCCCGUGUUUGGCCGGGGACCCGUGUGGCACGAAAUUGUGGACGUGCAGGCGAACAAGUGCGAGCAAAAUUGGUGGCAGACCCUGCUUUUCUUUGCUAACUUUGUCACCACCUACGACUCGAUAUGUCUGGAGACCACGUGGUAUCUUCAGUGCGACAUGCAGUUUUACAUUCUUGCUCUUGCGGUCGUUCUACCAAUGUACAAGCACCCCGUCUUGGGAAGUCUAAUCAACCUCAUGUUCCUCGUCGUGUCCUUCAUAAUAAUGGCGGUCAUCAUAGUUUAUUAUAAUUUCCCUGCCAUCAUGAUUUUCCUGCACCCCGACGUCGACCUCAUCAAAAAGGAAGCGUUCUAUAUUCAUUGGAGGCCCUACACACAUUACGGACCUUACGCUGUUGGACUGUUCCUUGGCCUCAUUUUCUUCAGGAAGCAGAAAAUUCGUUUCAGCAAGGCGCUGGCCAUCCUUGGCUGGGCGGCAGCCAUCACGCUUCAGUUGGCCAUGAUUUACGGGAUCCGCGACUGGCACGAGCAUUACGAGACAGUGGGAAUCGUGGGCUACGUGUUCGCCAUCACUCACAGGACAGCCUGGGCGGCCACUGUGGCCUACAUCCUGUUCGCUUCGCAGUUUGGCCUCGGAGGUUGGAUUGGCCAGUUUCUUCAGUGGAAGGCACUGAUCCCACUGAGCAGGUUGACCUUCAUGACGUAUCUCCUGCACCCAGUGGUAAUGUGGUAUAAGCAGGGCCAAAUGAGGGAGCGCUUCUUCCUCAGGCAUUUUCCGGAGAUGGCUAACAACGUGGUGUCGGACCUGGUCUUCUCCUAUGCUGCGGCCUUCAUCGGCACACUGCUCUUCGAAGUGCCCAUGCUUAACCUAGAGAAGAUCAUCCUGCGGCCUUUUACCGGCCCGCCCAAGAAGCAGGGCCGCUCAGGGAACGGUCUGUCCAACUCGGCAUACGCGCCCGAGUCGCCUCCCGUCGACUUUGUCAUCAACGGCCACCACUAUCCCGACGACUACAAGCGAUCAGCGGGAGGCGAGCGGAACAGCUCAUCUAGGCUCUGAGAGCCGUCAACGGUAGACUGACGCGCGAUGACAGCAGGCGCGGCGGAGCCUCUGCAACCUGCCUCUCAUAAACACUCGGCAGCGCCUCUGAGGAAGAAACUGGCUUGUACAUUCAAAGGUUUCCGCUUGUAUAUUGCUACUCAGAAUACUGAUAGUGCGCUACGACGGGGCUGUUACACCACCCGGACUUCACACUGCGCUCACUUCCAUACUUUUCUUCAUUAAUUGACAACUUUACACUGACUUUGAUGUCACUGUCGCGGUCGAACGUCGGAUCAUUCGUAUUGCGUACACAAGCUAGAUGCACAACAUUUUUUAUGAUGUUACAUGUCAUCUGUCUAAUUUAUCUGGUGUUAUGUAGCACAAGUAAAGCGACGGCCAGUUUCAGUCAUCUAUCUGCUUUGUUCGAAUGCUUGCAUGCCAGCGUGGGCAGAAUAAGCAGAACGAACUGUCGAAGAUCGCGAAGCAAUGACGCACCACCUACUCACUUCAGUGCGCAAACGUGUGAAGAACCUGAAUGCGUAAGGUGACACCGCAGGGCGUUGUCCGUGCGGCCCUUGUGUGUGAUGACCUUGUCAUAACUCCCCGGAUAGUGCAAGUAGAAACCUGGUGGUCCAAAAUCCCAGGGGUUAGCGCCAAUGCGCCUUUGUAUGUGCAUGUUGCUUGUUUUGCCCUCUGUUGAAAAUGAAGCAGAAACGAAUUAUUAUUAUAGCGUAACACAUGUUCAUCUUCGCUGUCGUCACCUGGAUUACGCUUCUUAGAGGUUGUUUUUGUUUCCAAUGCGAUGUAUGUUUGUUUUGCUAAAGUGUUUGAUGUCAUUGAUAGAGCCAUGUCGUAUAGUCUGAAUGGUUGAAUUCAUUCCCUAUGUGCUGACAAACACAAGCAACUAAGCGAAAGUUUUCUUAGGGGUGAGGGAACAAAAGCAUGUCAUGGCGAAGUGAAAAGCAGCACGCGAUGCACUUGCAGUCUUAUUCAAUAAAUGAAAAUGUAAAGUAGCGGGAAUAGCGCAUUUUAACUGUCAGCUACGACAGUUUGGCUCAGGACAAAUACAUACACGCAAAUGAUGUUGUUCUUUCAAAGACUGAACUUGUUUUGUAAAUAAAUGUGUAAAUGUCCA